AUGACUAAGCACGAAAAGUCGAGCUUCGAUGGUCUGAACAUCGUCCGUGAAGCCAGCCAGCAUUGCAGCACGCCCACGACAGCCAUAUCGACACCAAUGGCUGCCAUGUUCGCUCCCAGCCGGGGGAAGGCAUUAGGACGAGCCAUUACGGCCUCGUCGUCUGGCCCUGUCACACUUCCUGGCUUCUUGGUGCCGGCAUGGCAGGCGACAGCACCACGAGCCACUACCGCACUCUUCUCCACGACCUCGAAACGGCCCUCUAAGCUUGGCCGAACACCUCUCUCGAUUCCUCCUGGAGUGGAGCUUUCCGUUGGAGAACCUGUUGCGAAGAAGGAUUUGACAUCGUACAAGAAGGUGUAUAAGAAGACCAUCAACAUCAAGGGACCGUUGGGAUCGCUCGAUCUCGAGGUUCCCGAAUAUGUGCAGCUCACUCAGGAUCUUGACGCCAAGAGCGUUUUGUUGAGCGUUCGGGACAAUGAAGCCAAGGACCAAAAGGCAAUGUGGGGAACUACAUGGUCUUAUCUCAGGAACUACAUCAUGGGCGUUUCAGAAGGCCACACAGCCAUUCUCCGUCUCGUUGGUGUUGGUUACCGAGCCAGUGUCGAAGAGCGAGGUGCCAAAGAGGAAUUUCCUGGCCAGCGUUUCCUGUGCCUCAAGCUGGGUUUCACGCAUCCCGUCGAGGAGGGUAUCCCCCGCGGUGUCACCGUUACGACUCCUGCGCCUACACGUAUCCUGAUUGAGGGAGUUGACCGUGAGGUUAUCAUGUCCUUCGCUGGGCGAGUUCGCAUGUGGCGUCCUCCGGAGCCUUACAAGGGAAAGGGCGUGUUCAUCAACGACCAAACGAUCAAGCUGAAGCAAAAGAAGAUCAAAUAG